CACCUGCCCGGCCCGUGGGGAGGACGCCCGGAAGCUCGGAUCCGGGCCGGAGAUGGACUCAGUGGUCUUUGAGGAUGUGGCCGUGGACUUCACCCUGGAGGAGUGGGCUUUGCUGGAUUCUGCUCAGAGGAAGCUCUACAGAGAGGUGAUGCUGGAAAACUUGAAAAACCUGGCCUCAGUGGAUGAUGACACUCAGUUUAAAGCCAGUGGGUCAGUUUCUCAGCAGGAUGUUUAUGGGAAUAAACUGUCCAAGGAACAUAAAAUAGCAGAGUUUACCAGAAAUGAUUCCUGGGCCUCUAUUUUAGGGAAAAUUUGGGAAGAACUUAGCACUGAAGAUCAGCACACAAAGCAGGGGAGACAUCUGAGAAAUCACGUGGUAGAGAAACUCUCUGAAAGUAACAAUCCAUGUGGGGAAGGCUCCAGUAGGAUUCCAGGUGGUAAUCUGUAUCAGAAGGCUGUUCCUGGAGUGAAAGAGUAUGAGUGUAGUGCGUACGGAAAAGUCUCUGUACAUCAUUCCUCCCUCAAGAGCCACGUCGCCGUGCACACUGGGCACAAACCGUAUCAGUGUCAGGAGUGCGGGCGGGCCUAUAGUUGUUGGUCACACCUGCGAAUGCAUGCGAGGACCCACAACGGAGAGAGAACCUAUGCAUGUAAAUUAUGUGGAAAAACCUUUCCUCGUACUUCGUCCCUCAACCGGCACAUAAGGAUUCAUACUGCCGAGAAGACUUACGAGUGUCAACAGUGUGGAAAAGCCUUCAUCGACUUUUCUAGUCUUACCAGUCAUGUGAGAACUCACACAGGAGAGAAACCCUAUAAAUGUAAGGAAUGUGGGAAAGCUUUCAGUUACUCCUCAACUUUUCGAAGGCACAUGAUAACACACACGGGAGAGAAGCCCUAUAAGUGUAAGGAAUGUGGGGAAGCCUUUAGCUAUUCCUCAACGUUUCGAAGACACAUGAUCUCACACACGGGGGAGACACCCCACAAAUGUAAGGAAUGUGGAGAAGCCUUCAGUUACUCCUCUGCAUUUCGAAGGCACAUGAUAACGCACACGGGAGAGAAGCCCUAUGAAUGUAAACAGUGUGGGAAAACAUUUAUUUACCUGCAGUCCUUCCGGAGACACGAAAGGAUUCACACCGGAGAGAAACCCUACGCAUGCAGGCAAUGUGGGAAAACCUUCAUUUAUCCCCAGUCCUUCCGAAGACAUGAGAGGACUCACGGUGGAGAGAAACCCUACGAAUGUAGCCAGUGUGGGAAAGCAUUCAGCCAUCCCUCGUCCUUCCGAGGACACAUGAGAGUGCACACCGGAGAGAAACCUUACGAAUGCAAUCAGUGUGGGAAAACUUUCAACUGGCCCAUAUCCUUACGAAGACAUAUGAGGACACACAUGAGGGAGAAACCCUAUGAAUGCAGACAGUGUGGGAAAGCCUUCAACUUGUCAGCUUGCUUUCGGGAACACGUGAGAAUGCAUCCUGGGGACAAAUCGUAUCAGUGCAAGCUUUGUGGGAAAGCGUUCUAUUGCCACCUGUCCUUACAAAAACAUAUGAGGAGGCACACUGCAGAGAAACUCUACGAAUGCAAGCAGUGUGGCAAAGCUUUCAGCUGGCCUGAACUCUUGCAGCAGCACGUGAGGACACACACUGCUGAGAAACCCUACGAGUGUAAGGAGUGUGGGAAAGUCUUCAAAUGGCCCUCGUCUCUGCCAAUACAUAUGCGAGUCCACACUGGAGAGAAGCCUUACGAGUGCAAGGCAUGUGGGAAAGCCUUCACUUGUUCCUCGUCCUUAAGAAGACACAUGAGGAUACACACCACCGAGAGACACUACUUCGGGGAUGCGGGAAACUCUCCCGCCGAUGAAUUCAUGCCUCAUGCGUCAGGAAAUCCACACCAGGAGCGAAAUCUUACCCAGCCUGUAAAUGUGGUACCGCCUUUGUGAUGACCUCAUCAGAGUGGACCUGCGGGCCGUGUAUCUCCAGUUCUUUUACAGAUGAACAGUUAGGGGAGAACU